AUGGCUCCGUCGUUCCCCAUUUUGAGCACCAAGGACCUAGUGAAGAGACAUGAGGGAAUCCAUAAGCUGACUGAGGAGGACAUUUUACGACCAACAGCAGAUGUUAUACGGCAAGUCUAUGAAGCGAUCGUGGCAUUCACGUUGCCAAGGAAAAGGGACCAAUGCCAUUUGGAUAACGCGAUCGCGCGAACACACCUUGACGCACCAGAGGCGCAUCAAGAGUCGAUCGGAAUCAUCCGUCUCUUCCGAUCAGUUUCACAGAUCGUGUCUGCUGCAGAUUCACCAUGGUUUACAAUACGAGAUUUGGUGAAACCCAAUUCAGCCCGAACAAUUCGUGCGCUCUCCGCUUUCGCAAACUUCUUUCUCUUCAUUCAUCAGCAUGCAGAUAGUCUGGACCUCGUUCUGGAAACGAACAACAGAAUGACAGAGUCAAAACACAUGCUCGAGGAUCGGAUUGCAGAGGUGGACGCAGAAAAUGUAUCACAGGACGAACGGAACAAAGAUGAUAAGAACGAAGCAGAAUGGCUGAGGGCGGAAGUGGGUGGCCUUAAACCUAAGAUUCAAGAAUUAACCAAGCAGCGAGACGAAGUUGUGAAGCUGGUGUCUACAAGGCAGGAGCAGCUGAGUAAGCUGGAUGCAGAGAUAAUGGCAGAGAAGGGCAAGGCUGCUGACGCCAAGGCAGAAGCACAGGUUCUUCAGCAUCAAAUUGCCCAAUCUCCUAAGAAGUUGGAGAUGGCUCUUAAACGAGUUGAAGAGGGCAUUCAGGCUGAAACCGAAGCGAAGAAGGAAGAAUCUGACAGCGCCGAGGUUUUUCGCCAGAAACUUUUAAUGUCAAGAGAUGUGCUUGAGGUGAUAAAGCGUCGGAAUGAGACAAUCCAACCGGCUCUGUCCACGGCUGACAAUUGUAGCAAGUUAAAAUCAGAGAUCCAAUCGAAGGCGUGUGCCAUCGACAAGUUGAAACAGAAGAGGGAGUUCUUGAGAAUGAGAGCGGAAAGGAUUCCUCAAGAAGAUGCUAUUCGAGCAAAGAAACAGGAGGCACGGGACAAGCAGCUUGAGGAGCUGCAGGCUGCUCUGGAGUCCACUAAAAGAGACCAGGAAGCUAUGCACAAGGAGCUUGUGCAUGGGGAAUCCGCUUUUGUUGAGGAAAAAAUGAAGCUGCAGAGAGAGUCGCACAGAAAGGGCAAGGGACGGAUUUAA